UGCUUCUUCCCUCUCCUCCUUUACUUUCUAGAAAGUGCAUUUCCGCCCGGGCCAAAGGAGGAGAAGAAGCUGUCAGAGAGGCAGGGAACAGGCCAGGCUCAGCGCCUGUUUCUGGAGUGGCUGGCAGCACGGCGCCAGGGAGAUGCCCUAGAGAAGGAAAGGCAGCGAGAGGAGAGAGCAGCCCUGCCCCAGAGGGCGCUGCUGCAGCAUGGAGGGGCUUGGGGUGGCCGAUGUCCUGCUGCUCUGCUGCCUGCUGCUGCCAUCCGCUGCAGGGAGCCAGCCCAGCCCACACUUGCUGACGGACCCCGAGGAGGCACCUUCCCAGCAUCAUGCUGCCAGGGCCAGGUGGGAGCAGGACAGCAGCACCCAGGAGGGGCUGCCCCCACGGCCCCGCUGCGUCCGCUGCUGUGAGCCACCUGACCAGCGCUACUCCUAUCCCCCGCGCCAGCCCCUGCCUCAGAUCAACAUGACCAUCCUGAAAGGUGAGAAGGGAGACCGAGGCGAGCGAGGCAUGCAGGGCAAGUUCGGCAAGACAGGGGUGGCCGGCAGCAGGGGCCACACAGGGCCCAAGGGGCAGAAGGGCAGUGUGGGCGCCCCGGGGGAGCGCUGCAAGAGCCACUACGCGGCCUUCUCGGUGGGCCGCAAGAAACCCCUGCACAGCAACGACUACUACCAAACACUGAUCUUUGACACGGAGUUUGUCAACCUCUACGACCACUUCAACAUGUUCACGGGCAAAUUCUACUGCUACGUCCCUGGGAUCUACUACUUCAGCCUCAACGUGCACACCUGGAACCAGAAGGAGACUUACCUGCACAUCAUGCGCAACGAGGCAGAGGUGGUGAUCCUCUAUGCCCAGGUGAGCGACCGCAGCAUCAUGCAGAGCCAGAGCGUCAUGCUGGAGCUGCAGGAGAAGGAUGAGGUCUGGGUGCGUCUCUACAAGGGUGAGCGCGAGAAUGCUGUUUUCAGCGAUGAGUAUGACACCUAUGUCACCUUCAGCGGCCACCUCAUCAAGUACAGUGGGGACCCCUGAGUGCGUGCUCAAACCCUGCUCCUCCUCCCUCAGGGCAAGUGUCCGAGGAGCCCCUGCUACUACUCUUGCCCCAGGCAUGCCACCCUCCAUUAAACUUAGCCCUUUUAUGUGCCACCACCCCCAGCAGAUACAUGAACAUGUGAAUACCAGCCCUGUCCAGCUCCACCAGUUCCUCAACAGGCCAAUUGGAUGCACCUGGAGGCAAUGGAGCUGCUUCCAGCCUCUGCUGCAUUUGUGACCUGGGAAGCACCUGCUCAGCUGGGGCAGGCAGGGAACAUGUUCCCACCUGCACUUGGUUCACAGCUGGUUUGCUGGGGUGUAGAUGUGCAGAGCACUGGCUGAGAGCUGGCAGCAGCUGCACCAUUUUGACUGCUGAUGGCUGUGGUAUGAAGCAGUGCAGACACCUGCACUGCGUUCCUUCGCCCCCCUACUCAGCAGCUCUCCCCAUGACAUGCACUACAGGCUUCUCCUGGAAAAGGAUGGAGGGUGCUCAGCACCCAGCAGGAUAGAAGGAGGGGAGCAGCAACAGCAGAGCCACUAAGGGCCCCCAUUUUCUUUUCUUCCUCAGAGCUGGGUCACAAGGACUAGGAUACUGCCCCACAGCACUGGGGUCACCCCUUGGGCUGACAUCCUUGUAAGUGCAAUUUCCUCCCCCACUGGCAGCAGUUCCCCUUUCUAAAUGCCCACCCCAGUCCCCCCUGUGGCAGCCUCUGUUCUGUGCUGACACGCACUGAGGAGGGGGCUAGAUCCUGGCUGGCAGCCCUGGGUGCAGGGACCUUCAGCUUCAGCCUCUCCCUCUUUGGUUAGAUUUUCUGCUGGCCAGGCUUUUUAUUUUUGUAUAUGCAAUAGCAGAGCAGGGCCUGAGGCAGCGUGCUGCCCUCCCUCUGCUCGCUGUACAGCUUGUGAUGACAUUAAACAGCCCAC